AUGAAGGCCAACUACAAGUUUUCGAACGUCUGCGGCACUGUUUACCGCCAAGGAAACGUUCUUUUCACCCCUGAUGGAAAUUCUCUUCUCAGUCCUGUGGGGAACCGCGUCUCCGUAUUUGAUCUUUUGAAUAACAAGUCGUAUACGUUACCAGUAGAAAACCGCAAAAAUAUAGCUGCGAUAGCUCUGAGUCCUGAUAGCAAUGUGCUAAUCACUGUAGAUGAAGAUGGUCGAGCUCUCCUUAUCAACUUUCGGCGAGGUAUUGUUCUGCACCACUUCAAUUUUCAAAAGCCAGUGAAAGAUAUCCAGUUUUCACCGGAUGGAAAGUAUAUUGCAGUGACACACGAUUCACACGUUCAAGUAUGGCAUACGCCAAACCAUCUUGCGCGCGAGUUCGCCCCUUUUAACCUUCACCGCACGUACACGGGUCAUCAUGAUGAAGUUCUCAGUAUUCGCUGGUCUCCAGACUCCAAAUGUUUCCUCACCACCUCUCGUGACAUGACUGCCCGGUUAUUUACGUUGGACCCUCUUGAGGGUUUCCGACCGAAGACAUUUGCUGGACACAGAGAUACGGUCCUUGGUGCUUAUUUCUCCGCAAAUGGUCAAACUAUAUACACCGUUAGUCGUGAUGGUGCCGUCUUCACCUGGAAAGCAAAAGUAAUGGAUCAGGACAUGGAUACUGAUGACGAAUCUCCUCCUGUGCCAUCCACGUCUAAUGGCAAGGUUCAGCGAGGUAGUACCAAUGCAAUUGCUACCACGCGAUGGGGCGUACACGAACGCCACUAUUUCAACCUAGCAAAUACUAAAGUCGUGUGCACGACUUUUCAUCCUACAUCAAAUCUCCUCGUUGUGGGCUUCUCUACGGGUGUCUUUGGCCUCUGGGAAAUGCCUGCUUUCACCAAUCUUCACACGUUGAGCAUCUCCCAGGAAAAAAUAUCAUCAGUGGCUGUCAAUCCAUCUGGAGAGUGGCUUGCGUUUGGCGCUCGCAAACUUGGACAGCUCCUAGUCUGGGAAUGGCAAUCUGAAUCGUAUAUCCUCAAACAACAGGGUCAUUACUUCGAUAUGAACACUUUGGCAUAUACACCAGAUGGUCAGACGAUCGCUACCGGUGGUGACGACGGAAAGGUGAAAGUGUGGUCUGUCCACACAGGCUUCUGUUUCGUGACAUUCUCUGAGCACUCGGCCCCCAUAUCAGAAGUGGCCUUUGCUAAAAAUGGACAAGUGCUUUUCUCGGCCUCACUUGAUGGUACCGUCCGUGCCUUCGACCUCGUACGGUAUAGGAAUUUCCGUACAUUUACCUCCCCAAAACCCGCCCAGUUCUCUUGCCUUGCAGUCGAUCCAUCAGGCGAAGUUGUUGCUGCAGGCUCCUCCGAUUCAUUUGAAGUCUUUCUCUGGUCCGUUCAAACUGGGACCCUUCUCGACAUUCUUACAGGACACGAAGGUCCGGUGAGCGCACUCGCGUUUUCACCCGCAGGCGACAGUCAACUCGCGAGCGCAUCCUGGGAUCGUACUGUGCGUGUGUGGAGUGUCUUUGGGCGUUCUCGCGCAGUGGAGCCGUUCACGCUCAACUCAGACGCCCUUGCUCUCGCCUUUCGACCUGAUGGAAAAGAAUUUGCGGCAUCCACACUUGAUGGACAGGUGAUGUUCUUCGACGUUAAGGAAGGGAAGCAGACAAAUGUGAUCGAGGGGCGCAAGGACGUUGCUGGUGGCCGCAAAGCCGACGACCGGAUGGCAGCAGCGAAUAGUUCGUCGGGAAAGGCGUUUACGAGUCUUGCCUAUACCGCUGACGGAAGCUGCCUCUUGGCAGGCGGCAACAGCAAAUACGUCGUGCUGUACGAUGUACGGGGAGGUGAAGGUGUUAUGAUGAAGCGCUUCCAAAUCUCUCAAAACCUGUCUUUGGAUGGGACGGAGGAGUUCCUUGAUAGCAGAAAAAUAAACAGCGCCGGGAUCAACACCGAUCUGAUUGAUGACCGUGGGGAUGCGAGCGACCUCGAGGAUCGGAUGGAUACCACUUUACCCGGUGCAACGCGUGGGGCUGGUGACAUGUCCGUUCGGAAGUAUAGACAGGAGGCACGCACGAAGUGCGUUCGGUUCUCGCCUACAGGACGGGCAUGGGCAGGCGCGAGUACUGAAGGAUUAAUCAUUUACUCUCUGGACGAUACGGUCACUUUCGACCCUUUCGAUCUAACGAUUGAUUUGACGCCUCAAGCUGUGCUGAGCGUGCUGGGAGAGAAGGAGUUCUUGAAGGCAUUGGUGCUCGCGUUUCGACUGAACGAACGUCCCCUCAUCCAACGAGUAUACGAAGCUGUUCCGCGAGGAGAUGUACGGCUGCUUGCACGGCAGAUGCCGGUGGUGUACGUUCCUCAGCUUCUCAGAUUUGUUGCGGAGCAUUUAGACCGUAGCCCACAUCUGGAAUUCGAUUUACUAUGGGUUCAGGCGCUCAUGAUGGCACAUGGGCGAUACUUGAAGGAUCGGUCUGGGGAACACGCAGCCAUUUUACGAACGGUUCAGAAGUCGUUGGGGAAUGUAGAAGAAUCAAUCUCAAAACUGUGCGACGAGAACUCAUCCACGAUGAAUUUCCUACUUGAUCAGAUGAGACUCACGAAAAGAAAAGAUGAUGUUAUGUUGGAGAGUUAAUGCUGCAGAUCGCCUACAAUAAGGCGAACUUGAAACCAUAACGCUUAAAACCAUCUGCAGGUAUUGCAUCCUGAUUACAUACAAAAAUCGCAAUAUACAAAAGUACUCGAUCAAUUAUUUUCGUGUUGAGUUUUAGGUGAUGUUACAAUGGGGUAAUUUGGAUGGUGCAAUAGUGUUUUGUUCUCGUUGACCUUUCUUCGCUUCGUAAAGCGCACAAGAAAUCCCUUAUCACCUCCUUGACGCAUCCUUCCUUGAUGAUCGAGCUGAAACCAUGAUGAGCACCGUUCCUAUACGUAUAUUUCGGGGGAGUGAGGACUCACCCUCAGGAUUAUGUC